AUGACAUUUGAUUGGCGCACCGGCUAUCCAUUUGGUGAAUCUUGCUCAAACGACUGUUAUAUAUAUCAAACAACAGGUAAAAAACCGAGUGUUAAGCGAAUAGAGGCUACUGGUGAUGCGCUAAUUCCGCAAUAUGGGCCGGGAAUAGUUUUACACGAACAUUAUUUAUAUACGGUUGGGGGAACAACUGGCUAUGAUUACUCUUGUGAUGUGCAUCGCUUAAAUUUGCGCACACGAGUGUGGGAAUGCGUAUAUAUCUGUCGUCCAGAUAUACGCGAAGAUCCAGAGGGUCGUUAUCGUCACGAAGUUGUCUACGAUGGGCAAUACAUAUAUGUGCUGGGUGGUGGUACAUCGAAUUUAGUGUAUGAUUUACAACGCAUCCCUGCAUUUAAUUUAAUUACAAACCGAUGGGAAUAUUUCGUCACAUUACCCGAUCGAACAUCACAAACAAAUCUAACAAUCGAGCGGCAAAAUUCCGGAUAUCCAAACCCACGAAAGUGCUUUUCUUGCGUACAGCACACGAAAUCGAAUGGUGAGGUCGAAGCAUUCAUUACGGGAGGCUUGCAGGUGCGUAGUAAUUAA